AUGCCUCCCCUACCUCCUGCCGCCUCGAUACUCGACGUAUUGGGGAAUACACCCGUGGUAAAACUUCAGCAUGUCGUCCCGGAGGAUUGCGCAGAUGUGUAUGUGAAGCUUGAGUAUUUCAGUGCCACAGGCUCUUACAAAGAUCGUAUGGCGAAAUCGAUGAUCGAGGAAGCUGAACGCUCUGGACGAUUGGCGCCUCACAUGACGGUUGUUGAGGCUACAGGCGGCAGUACAGGCUCAUCGUUGGCAUUUCUUUGUGCCGUGAAAGGCUAUCCGUUUGUGGCACUCUCUUCUAAUGCCUAUGCCAACGAGAAGUUGCUUACCAUGGCGGCGUUUGGAGCCAAGGUUGAUAUAACUCACAGCCCAACCGGCAAAGCCACUGCGGAUCUGAUGAUGGCUAUGAAAAGCAAAGCUGCGAAUCUCAGGAAAGGAGAUGACUGUUUCUACACGGACCAGUUCAGCAAUGGUGACGCACUUGUCGGUUAUAGAGAGAUUGGCCAUGAGCUGAUCGCACAAUUUCCGGAUGGAUUUGAUGGAUUCUGCGGAUCAUUUGGCACAGGUGGUAUGGUUAUGGGCGUUUCCAGUGUCCUUAAACCGGUCAUGCCGGAUAUUCGAGUCGUUCUCGUGGAGCCUGAGGGCUCGGCCCUGCUGGCAAAAGGACAGAAAGGCGCCCACGGCGUAGAUGGUAUCUCACCAGGCUUCAUCUCUCAACACGUUGAUAAAGCAUUAUACGAUGGUACGCAAACCAUAAAUGAAGAAGAAGGGCGAGAUAUGUGCAGAAGACUUGCGAAAUGCGAAGGACGUUUCGUUGGGACGUCAUCUGGCUUAAAUAUUGCGGCUGCGGUUCACCUCGCUAAGCAACUUGGCACUGGAAAAAAGGUUGUUACAGUUGCUUGCGACACAGGGCUGAAAUAUCUCACUGGAUCACUAUUCUCAGAAUGA